CUCAUAUAACACAAUAAUAUUUCACACGCUGGACAGAGAAUAAUCCUUUCAAAUAUGGCAGAGUAUUGGAAGUCAGCCCCCAGAUACUGGUGCAAACAAUGCAAGAUUUUCAUCCGGGAUACGGCAUUUGAAAAGACCCAACAUGAAGCAACAGGCAAACACCAAGGAAACUUAAAGCGAUUCCUACGGGACAUCCACCGAGACAAUGAGCGCCAACAGCGGGAAACUCAGAGGGCCAAGAAUGAGGUUGAACGCCUCAGACAAACCGUCUCCGGCAACGUUGGUGGGAAGAGCGGCAAUGCAGCCUCCUGGAAACCAGCAGCACCAGUUCCCCAAGCGCCACCGCGGUCAGUUUCCCUGGACGAGAGGAAGAAGCAGAUGGCGCAAUUGGCGGAGAUGGGUGUUGCGAUACCGGACGAGUACCGUGGUGAUAUGGCCCUGGCUGGAGAGUGGCAGACUGUUUCCGAGAAAGUGAUUGGCGCGGAUGGAGAAAAGACGGGUCCUUCGCUUGGGGUUCGCAAGCGCAAGCAUGAGGGGGAUGAGGAAGAAGAGGAGGCUAAACGGGAGGCGGAGAGGUUUGUUAGCAAGGGUUGGGGGUCGAGGACUCGGGAGUACCCCGGUGCGCAGGAUGAUGCGGAUUUGGAUGCCCUCCUAGAGUCUACGAAGGAUGUUAAGAAAGCGAAACCGUCGACUUCUGAGGCGACUCCUAAGGAGAGCGACAAGGAAGCUGCUGAUGUCCUGGCUCAAGGCGAGGGAGACUCUGCAGCUGCAGAGUCGGAGCAGACGCCACAAACUGAAAAGGAACCGUUGGAAGCUGCUGCUGUGCCUCCCGCGCCCGUGGCUAAGAGUGAACCAGAAGAAGCGAGUGCGGGCGUCGUUUUUAAGAAGCGCAAACCAAAGGUUAUGAGAAAAUAGGCCAACAUUGGGCAUACGCUUUAAUUCGUCUACGUUGCGCGACUUCACGUACCGGAUGAGUGGCUCAUGCGUAAACUCAUAUUCCUUUGCUGGUCCACAACCAGUGCAUGUCCUGACCAUACUUGACCGAGGGGUAAAGUAUGAUGUCCUCUCAGCUAUUGCUUAGUGAACCCCCCACUGAGAAAGGAAAAGAAAUGUACCAGAAAUGACUACAGAGCGAUACGGCCCUAGUUAUGCAUUGCGGAUGGCUUGUCAACAGGAAGAAUACUGAGCCAAUUAUAGGUUGCGCUUGCCUGUUGGGUCAAGGUCAUUCUCUCCUGAUUGUGAAUGGAUAGACCUUUGUUAACCAAAUGGACCAUGGGUGUGAGUUAAUCUGAAAAAGGCCCGGGCUAUGGCUACACAUACUCAACAAUGGAGUGUAUCAAGGCAUCGACAUCUACUCAAGUGAACAAACAUCAAGGGUUCCCUUUUCUAUUUUUAUAUUCCAAGGGAGAUUGUACCAUGGAGAAUUAGACAUGGUGUGAAAAAUGAGUGCGAUUCAAGGGACAUAAAUUGAACAUAUCGAGUUCAGAUGGUGGCUACCAGAUAAUUCUCCGAGAUUGACAUGGGAACCUCGUAUUGGAUACUAAUAUUGCAGAGAGGUCGUUUUCUUGGAAUAAUAUUGGUGGUUGAUAUGAUGGGAUAGUGCUAUUCAAAUAGAUUUAUAGUAUAUUUAAUAUUGAAUGGGAAACAAAUUUAUUGUUG